CCGUAUUACAUUCGCCCAAACCCCCGAACCCCUUUCGCACCAGACCAGAUCUCCUUAAGCGCUUCUACAUUAUCAGUACAGAACCUGGUAGCAGCGCGAGAGGACCGGAUCACCUUGAGCUUGAGCGAACUCCCUGACGAGCUUCGAAAUGUUCUUGAACAGUCCCACGAACUGCGCCUGCGAUGGGCGACCGAGCGUUCCUUUGAUGCCAUUGCGCCCUUUGCGAGCAGGAUCUCGCCCGGGUUACAUGUGCAUUACACUCCACAGGCAAGGAACGGGUCACAGGACUCAAUUUGCACGCUGUUGCGUACAAUCUUCGUCGAUCACGAAGACGGAGAAGCCGUGGUAGAUUGCACGAGGCCCGAGGACUCGUUCAUCACAACCCCGCUCGUUUCCACAAGGUUCGCGACCUCGGCGUCCCUUCAAUACUACACUCGACUGGCAGAUCUCCGGUCGCUCGUUGCAUAUAUUCGACGCACAGCAUGUCAUCAGGAGCAAUCUGGUGGCAGCGCAUGUCAUAAGCGCGCGGAUACACUGCUGACAGCCAAUUCCGUCGACAUCGACUAUGAUAGCAUCUCUCAUGCAGUGACAAUCUCCGGGUUUUGGGCUCAACCUCCGGCCAACGGUUGGACGGAGGAAGUGUCAAAGUCUGCGUCAGAUAAUGACAAGGUCGAAAUCGGUGUCCUGACUGCAGAGAAAGGCAUUGAGCGUACGGAAAUACAAGUGGGAGGGCUGCUUGCGGUGGUUGGAGAGGAUAAGAAGAUGAAGCCAACUAUGUUCUCAUUUCCAUCUCGACACCAUCCUCUCCCUUCGGACGCUACUUACUCCGUCUCCUUCUCCAAGCCGACGGGCCUUCAUCCCACCAUGUCCAUUACCAUGCAAGCUCCCUCUCUUCAACGACCUCCUGCUCCCGAAGACGCAACCUGUGCCUUGCACACCUACUUAACACUUCCCUCGUCCGUAUUUGGGGAUCAAUAUCAACUCGGCACCAAGGACACGCUGUUCUUGGAAUCGCACAACUUGGCUGCACUUCGCGCGCACGCCGGCGAAAUGGAUCUCGAGGCACCAGAUUGGGCUGUCCAGCGCUGGGGCUCAACCUGGCUCUUCGAGCUUGACUCACCCACCGUAGACGAAGGAGCAUCUGCCUUGAAGAAUUGGACGGCUACUAUUCCCUUGCACUUGCGAUAUCUGCCACCCUCAGACACAGGGUACCGCACAGCGCAAGUACCCUGGCCAGUCGUAUUCUGGGCCUGCACAGCCGAAGACGGUACGAAGAUGGGGGUCAAUCCGUUUGACCGCACGAAUCUCGGCUGGGACGGCUUAUUCGGACCACGAACAAUGUUCUACCAAUUACAUCCUGAGACUGGACGACUUGUCGAGGAGAUCGAGGUGCCGGUGUUGAAACUGAAUAAUGGCGAGGGACUGGUUACGGCUCAAAUCAUUGAGUUGGGCACGUCCUUUGUCAUUUUACUUGGGUUCUUGUGGGUUCUUUGGCGGUUGAUUCAGGUUGGGUUCUUAAAAGCUAGACCUGGUUUCCGGGAGGGACACGAGAAGAAGGAGUAG